UUCAACUCUUUGCAGCGGCUGGAACACAGAGAGCAUCAUUCUCAUCCUUCAAACCUCAUUUUUCCUCCUCACAUUGGCGCUUUUACUACCCAUCAGAUUUAGGGUCUCUUUUUCCACACUACACAUAUUGAAGAUGGCGACAACAUCAUUUUCUGGCUUGCAAAUUGCAAUGUCAAGAUCGUGCAUUCCUUCAUCACAAAGGAUUGUAGAUGCAGGUGGUGUGGUUCUUGGUGGCAAGUCCAAGGUGGGAUCAUGGAAUAAACUUGCAAGUGUAUGUCAUGUUGCGUCAGUGCAACCUUUCCUUCGGGGCUUUACAUCAUCGUCUAUAAAAUCUGUCAAAAUUGCUACAAAGGCAAUGUCUGAGUCUAGUGCAAAAAAUCCAGUCUCAGGAUUGCCAAUUGAUUUGAGAGGUAAAAGGGCUUUUAUUGCUGGUGUGGCUGAUGAUAAUGGAUAUGGAUGGGCAAUUGCAAAAUCUCUUGCUGCAGCAGGAGCUGAAAUUCUCGUUGGCACAUGGGUACCUGCACUGAAUAUUUUUGAGUCCAGCCUACGACGUGGAAAAUUUGAUGAAUCACGCAUAUUACCAGAUGGUUCGUUGAUGGAGAUUACUAAAGUUUAUCCGUUGGAUGCAGUUUUUGACAAUCCUGAGGAUGUACCAGAAGAUAUAAAAACAAACAAGCGCUAUGCUGGAUCCGCCAAAUGGACAGUUCAGGAAGUUGCUGAAUCUGUUAAGGAGGACUUUGGCAGCAUAGACAUCCUUGUGCACUCACUUGCCAAUGCACCCGAGGUGACAAAACCAUUGUUGGAGACAUCUCGGAAAGGUUAUCUUGCUGCAUUAUCUGCAUCUAGUUACUCCUAUGUUUCUUUACUCAAGCAUUUUCUUCCAAUCUUGAACCCAGGUGGAUCUUCAAUUUCUCUCACAUACAUUGCUUCAGAAAGGAUCAUUCCUGGAUAUGGUGGUGGUAUGAGUUCUGCAAAAGCUGCACUGGAAAGUGAUACACAAGUGCUUGCUUUUGAAGCGGGUAGAAAGCGCAAAAUUAGAGUCAACACUAUAUCUGCUGGUCCACUGAGAAGUCGCGCUGCAAAAGCAAUUGGGUUCAUUGAUAUGAUGAUUGAUUAUUCACUAGCCAAUGCACCUCUACAGAAAGAACUAUCAGCAGAGGAGGUGGGCAAUGCAGCUGCCUUCUUAGCAUCACCUUUGGCAUCUGCUAUCACUGGUGCUGUUCUAUAUGUUGACAAUGGUCUGAAUGCUAUGGGUGUUGGAGUUGACAGCCCAAUAUUUAAAGAUCUUGAUAUUCCCAAAGACCAGCAUUAAGUGGCAGCUACCACACAAAAGCAAGUAUCACCUCAAUUAGCAUAGCAAUGGUGUUAUUUUUGUUUCACUACUCUCAUCCCCAAGUUCUGCAACCCCUACCUUCUGCCCAACUAAGACAAUGGGGGCUCCACUUUGAAUAUUUACUUUGCUUUUUGUAGGCUAUUUUUCAUAGUUUUUUUUUCCUCACUACUUUAAACCUUUUUAUCUGUAAUGUGCUCAGAAUUGCAGGUCAUACGAUUGUGAAUGUGAGAAUGUUUACAAUGAUCUAUGCUCUAAUUGGGAUAUACAUGGGCAAUAAAAAUAUAUUCCUGUGUUUCAACC